UCUCCUUAUAGUCACAACGUUCCUGCCAACUUCCUCAUCAUUUCCACUCUUUCUCUCUCUAGAAAAUAGUACACUCACCUUCUUUUUAUUCUCUGCUCUAUAACUAGAAACAUUGCCUAAGAAAAACAGAGUGAAAGAGAAACAAUGGCAGCUGGUGAAAGUGGUAAAGUUGAUCAUUUUCAACCUCAUCCUGUCAAAGAACAACUUACUGUUGAUUGCUGUGUUAGGAGCUCACCUUCAUGGCCUGAAGGGAUUUUUCUUGGGUUUCAACACUACCUUGUAAUGCUUGGAACCAUUGUCAUUGUUUCCACUAUUCUUGUUCCUUUGAUGGGUGGUGGCAAUGUGGAAAAAGCUGAAAUGAUUCAAACACUGCUUUUUGUUGCUGGAAUCAACACUCUGUUGCAGACAUGGCUUGGAACUAGGCUCCCAGUGGUUAUAGGAGCAUCUUUUGCUUUCAUUAUUCCAGCUAUUUCUGUGGCAUUCUCUUCCAGAAUGAGUGUAUUCCUUAAUCCUCGUCAGAGGUUUAAGCAAUCCAUGAGAGCUAUUCAAGGGGCAUUGCUUAUUGCUUCUUUUGUUCAAGGAAUGAUUGGAUUUUUUGGAUUCUGGGGAAUUUUUGGAAGGUUUUUCAGCCCUCUCAGUGCUGUUCCCCUUGUAACUCUAACUGGUCUAGGACUCUUUGUGAUAGGCUUUCCAAGGUUGGCAGAUUGUGUUGAGAUUGGUCUUCCUGCAUUGGUUAUUCUGGUCAUCCUCUCUCAGUAUAUUCCACAGAAGAUUAAAUCAAGAGGAGUCGACCGAUUUGCAAUCAUAGUCACGAUUGGAAUUGCAUGGGCAUUUGCUGAAAUUUUGACUGCGGCUGGUGUAUAUAACAAAAGACCAUUAAGUACUCAAUUCAGUUGCCGUACUGACCGAUCUGGGUUAAUUACUGCUGCUCCUUGGAUAAGAGUUCCAUAUCCAUUUCAAUGGGGGAGCCCUACUUUCAAUGUCGGUGAUAUUUUUGCAAUGAUUGCUGCUUCUCUUGUUGCAAUUGUAGAGUCAACUGGGACAUUCAUCGCUGCAUCAAGAUUUGGUGGUGCAACACAUAUUCCACCUUCUGUACUUAGCCGUGGUGUUGGCUGGCUGGGUAUAGGCACUCUUCUGAAUGCCAUGUUUGGCGCAGCAACUGGAUCCACCGCAUCAGUUCAAAAUGCAGGACUGUUGGGUCUAACACGUGUUGGGAGUCGUAGAGUCAUUCAAAUGUCAGCUGGAUUCAUGCUUUUCUUCUCUAUAUUUGGUAAAUUUGGAGCAGUGAUUGCUGCAAUACCAUUGCCAAUAGUAGCAGCCGUGUAUUGUGUUCUCUUUGCCUAUGUCGCUUCAGCUGGACUUGGUUUUCUUCAGUUUUGCAAUCUAAACAGCUACAGAUCAAUGUUCAUUGUCGGCUUUUCUCUCUUCAUAGGUCUAUCUGUUCCACAAUAUUUCCUCGAAUAUCUCACACUAUCUGGACAUGGCCCUGCUCAUACUGGAUCCACUUCGUUCAACAAUAUAGUGCAAGUGAUUUUCUCAUCUCCAGCAACUGUGGCAAUUAUAGUUGCUUACUUCUUGGAUGCCACUAUGAGUCGUGAACACGCCUCAACUCACCGUGACAGUGGGAGACACUGGUGGGAAAAAUUCAGGACCUUCAAUCAGGAUAUCAGAAGUGAUGAGUUCUAUGGAUUGCCUAUGAAUCUGAACAGAUUUUUCCCUUCAGCAUAAAUGCACUCAUUUAUUUCAAAAGAACAACAUUAAUUUUGUUGACAAAUUACUGUUCCCAAUCUCAAAGUUUCUAGUAUAUCUACACAAAAAGGCUGUGCAGAAGAGUGACAGGUUAUUGCAAAUUUGAAAUAGUUGUAGGAAGACUUGCUAAAAGUUAUAUACUCUUUGCAUAUUAUAGAUUAUCUGUUGUUUAAGGUUAAGCGCAUACAUUAAGUAAAUGAACUUUUUGACAUGAUAUAUUGAGUAAAAAUAAUAAACAACUUUGAAAGUGUACUUUUGGACGACAUAAUUUGUCUAGAGAUGUACUUUCGGAUGGUACAAAAGAUUGUAAAGAUAUUAUUUAGACA